AUGUUACGUUGUAUCACCCUUUUUCUUAUUUGUUUAGUUAAUAAGAGUCAAGGUGCUAAUUCAAUUGAAAUGGAUAAUAUAUUUCCAGGAGCAGAUAUAGUAAAUAAUGCAAUGAAAGAAUUCAGUGAAAUUUUAGAGAUAUUAAUUGGAAAUAACACUAUUCCUAAAGAAUUAACUGAUAGUCAAAGUAAAUUACCAACUAACAAAGAGCCAAAAACAGGAAGAGAACAUUUAAUAAAAUAUUUAAAUCAAAUAUUAUUAAGAGAUAUAAGUGAUGAAGAAAGAGAAAAGGUUGUAGGAGAUAAAAAAUAUGAUCAUUAUAUUGCUAACAUUCAUUUAAGUGCAGCAGUAGAAAUGGAAGAUCCAAUUGCACAAUUAAUUUUAGCAAAUAAAAAGAAUACAGAAAGAGAAACAGAUGAAGAAUGUUAUGAAGUAGCCAAUUUAUAUUUAAAAGGAAUAAAUAAAUGGUUAUUAUAUGAUUCAGAAUUUCAAUUACCAAUGGGAUUUCCAUUAUUUCAACCAGUGACUUAUGGAUAUGCACAUAAAAAUGCAAUACCAUUUCUAAAACAAAAACUUAAUUAUUUAACACAAUCAAUUCAAAAUAUAAUUCAAUAUGAAACAAUAAGUUCAACUGAAAUGAUUUAUUUAGGAAAAUUGUUAUAUAGAUUAGGAUAUAAAGGAAAAGAAAUUUAUGAUUUAUUUACAAAAGCAGGAGAGAUGGGAAAUAAUGAUGGUACAGUUCUUGCAGGAAUUUUAACAGAAUUAGGAAUUGGUGUACCAAUAAAUAAAACAAAAGCAGCAGAAAUAUAUUAUGAAACAUUAAAUACAUCAAAAUUAGCAAAUACAAGACUUGGUUUAAUAUAUCAACAAGUUGAUUCUCCAAUUGGAUUUUCAUUAGAAGAAACAGUUUCUAAUUUAAAAGAAGGAGCAUUAAAUGGACAUAUUGAUUCAUUUUAUCAUUUAAUGAAUUUAUAUAAUAAACCAUUAACUCCUUUUUAUAAUCAAAGCCUUUCACGAUAUUAUAGUAAACAAAUAUUAAUUAAUGGUUUAAAUCAUGAACAAGGAUCAUAUUCAUUAGCCUUUUCAUUAUUUGAAAAUAGUUCAAUCAUUACUUGUCCUUUCGGGAUUUCAUUAUUUCAUCAGAUGAUAUUUAAAUCAAAUCUUCAAUUUCAAAUCUUAAAUGACUUAGCAGACAGGUAUUAUAAUAAUAAUAUGUAUCAUCCUGCUUUAAUGAUUUAUCAAUUUUUAUCUGAAUUAGGUUUUGUUAAUGCUCAAUUAAAUGCUGCUUUUAUGCUUGAAGCAGGUCAAGGUUGUCAAAAUGUUUCUUAUAAACUUCGUAUGUUAAAAGCACUUCAUUUAUAUGAAACAAUUUUUUUGGGAAAGAAUAAUAAUCUACUUUGGACUUUAUUUAUGAAAGAAAUUCCUGGUUUAAGUGGAGUUGAAGCUGGAAAGAUUGGUGAUUAUUAUUAUUAUGGUAUUGAAAAUGUUCCUGUCUUAGAAAAGGCUAUUGAAUGGUAUUUAAUUGCUACAUCAUCAAAUCAUCCAAAUGGUUGGUUUAAAUUAGGAAUAAUAAAACAAUAUAUUGAUAAGGAUAAUAAAUAUAAAUUAAAUUCUCCUGAUUAUUAUUAUAACCAUUUAAUGAAUAUAACUGGAUAUCAUACUUUAGGUUAUAUGUUACAUUUGAAUUAUGUCAUAGAAUCUAAAUUAUUACAAUAUCAACCUUUCAUUAUCGCUUUCUUUGUUAUUACUUCUUUUCUCUUUUUAUUAAAAAAGUUUUUCAUUCCUAAUGAUUUUAUUAAAACUCUUGAAGAAACGAAUUAA